CACAACAGAAGGAUGAGCUCACUGCACAGACAGCUGAGUCAGCUGCUCGGAGCAUGGAGGUGGAAAAGGAGGGUGGAGUAUUCUCUGUACUCUGCCACAGGCUUUCACUGCAGGAACUUCUGCUCCACCACGUCAGGACCAGAUGGUUGCAGGAUCUCAGAGGGGCAGCUUGACACUACAUUGACAAUAGCUGGUAACCCUUAAAGGCUCAAACCCUGGACAUAUUUCCCACCAGAAGACCAACGACUCCCUCUGAGCUGCCUUAUUUGAAUGAACCUCCCUCCUGUGUGUUCCUCUCCUCCCACCUGUGCACCAUGCGCUCUGCACUGGACACCAAAAUACCACACAGACAGCUGAUUUUAAGGUCAGAAGACACCAUAGAGAUCCACAAGAGGAAGCUCUUCCUGUGGUUCAACCACCUUCCCCAGGAGGAGAAACAGUUUGGUGGUUACUUCAGCCCAGAGACCAUGCAUGUGGAUCCACUGAUUAUGGAAAGAAAUUCUGAGGAGAGGUCAGGACUGCCCAGUUCCCCGCUCCAAACCCAGACCCCCUCCAGCCUCGCUGUGACUGUGGAACAGCUGUUUGAACCCACUGAUGCCUGGAGUGAGGGCCGGGGGCUCAAUGUGCUGCUGUACGGGGCUGUGGGAACAGGGAAAAGUACAGUGGUCCGAAAGCUGGUGCUGGAUUGGUGCGCUGGUACCACCCUGACCCACUUCAAGCUGCUGGUUCCGUUCUCUUGUGAGGACCUUGGCCAACUGUCAAAGGUGGCUUCCUUAAGGGACCUGGUGAGCAGGAAGUACCUCCACCUGAGAAAACACCCCCUGCUGAGUGGGGAGGGAAACCAGGCCAAGAAUGUACUCUUCCUCUUCAAUGGAAUGGAGAAGAUGAAUCUGGACUUCCGAAUCGGAGCCACAGAGCUUUGCAGUGAUCCUAAUGAGGUGCUGCCUCCAGGUGUAGUGGUUGUCAACCUGCUGAGGAAAUACCUCCUGCCUGAGGCCAGCAUCUUGGUUACCACCAGACUGUCUGCACUGGACCGUAUCCCUCAGAAGUAUGUGAGUCGCUAUGCACAGAUUUGUGGCUUCAAUGACCCAGACCGCCAGCGGGCCUACUUCACGAGCCGCCUACUGCAGCAGAGUGGGGAGACUACAUAUAGCCAUGACAGCCAUGCUCUUAUAGAGCUGCUGUACCUCAACCUUCAGAGAGAAAGCCAGCUCGCUGCAGCCUGCUUCCUCCCCUCCUACUGCUGGCUCACAUGUGCUACCUUACACUUCCUCCAUUUCACCGAUGCCAAGGCACCCAUCCGCACACUGACUGGAAUAUACACCAGCUUCCUCAGGCUCAACUUUGGAGGUGAGGUGCUGGGCACAGGGACAGGGAUAGGGACAAAUGCGGCAAUUCAGGAGCACCACAAUUCUCUGAUGUUGUAUGUAGUCCGUACAGUUGGAAAACUUGCGUUUGAUGGUGUGACAUACAAACGAACGUCAUUCUCAGAAAAGGAACUGGAGCAGUGGAUAGGAGGGAAGACCAAGACGGAUGAGGAGCUACAUCAGCUGGCCAUGUUCCGGACUGACGUGUUAGACUUCUUCUUGGCUCCCAGUGUAGUAAGUGGUAAGCAUCUACCAGGAGAACCCAGUAACAGUGAUGAGCGGCGCUAUGUAUUUGCUGUCCCAGCCAUGCAGGAGUACCUGGCAGCUCUCUACGUCGUCCUAGGAGAGAACAAAUCGGCUCUGGAGAAGCUGACCAAACAGGUGUCUGUGGCCAUUGGUCAGGCAGGUGAGGAUGUCAGUACCAUUUUCAACAUCCUCUCUAAGUUCAUUCCUCUCCGAAUAUUUGCUGUAUUCAACCUCAUUAAGCUUUUCCCAAAGCUCUAUGAGAAAGUCAGCAGUCUCAACAAAGGCAGCAUUGCCAGAACCAUGGCCGCUGAGAUGUUCCGCACCGAGGAUAGUUACAACGAGGAUGUACUGGAUCAGGUAGAGCAAAGCCUCCUGGGAGUCCAUGGCCCGCAGCCAAAGCAGUACAGUGAGACCCAGCCUUUUGAGCUCUACCCCAUCUUCAUGGGUGGACUGUUGCAUUAUGGUAACCGUGUCCUUCUCCAGCAACUUGGAUGCAGCAUUCAGAGCACCACUGUGGCCCAGAUCACACAUGCCCUUCGGAAGUACCUUGUCAGAGAGCUCAGCAAGCCACAGCCACCAGAGGAGUUGAUGGAUCUACUGGUCCUUCUGUAUGAGUUUCAGAACCCCAGACUGACUGCAGAGGUUCUGGCCUCAAUCAGAACCAUCCGCCUCACCAACAUUCGUAUGACGUCACUCAAAUGCUUUGUCCUGAGUUCUGUGCUCUCAUGCACCCCUGAAAGUUAUCACCUUGAAGAGCUGGACCUGUCCUCCUGCCUCCUCUCCCAUGACAUGCUUCAGAUGCUGUGGCCUGCCUUCAGACACACACAUAACCUCAAUCUACAGUUUAACAGCCUGGGUCCUGAGUCCUGCAUCCUCCUUAGAGAUCUGCUUCUCCACCCCAGGAGCUCUAUUAGAUCUCUACAACUGUGUGACAACCCUCUGCUGGAGUCUGGAGCCCGCACCCUGCUGGAGGUUUUGCCAGAGAACCAGUCCCUGACACACCUGUCCCUGAUGCACACUGGGCUGGGGGACCAGGGGGCCCUGGAGCUGGCUGAGAGGCUCCAGCAGCACUCGGGGCUCCAGGAGCUCAACGUGGCCUACAACAACAUUGGAGACAUCGCUGCUAUGACUCUAGUGGACGCCUGCAGGGAACACCCCAGCAUUCACACUGUGCACUUGUAUCUGAACCCUCUCAGUGAUGUGGGGAAGCAGUCCCUGUAUGUCCGAGGAGUUCCCAAGAGCUGCAGUGGCCGGAGGGUCAAAGUCCUGGCUUCAGUCACUGAGGGCUCAGACAUCUCCGAGGACUGGCACCCCAUCCUCAGCGUGAUACGAAAGAAUAUCUCAUCCUGGGACCGCGAACGUGUCAAGGAGCAGCUUAAGGUGUUCCUCAGGGAUCUGGAGUGGGGGCGUCGGCAGCAGCAGAGCUUCUGGAAGAGGCUGCACUUCCGCAGAGUGGAGAAGGGCGUGCGGCAGACUCUACGGAUGCUGGAGAAGGACACUGUACCUCCAGCCUCGGGAUACAGCAAAUAACCAACACACACCAAGAGGUGAAAGGCCAGCGAAUGUCUUCUUAUUGUGAAGGAGGCUCCCUGACUCUGUUUUAGCACUUCCCUAACUCAGAGAUUUCAAACCCUCAACAGAGAGCUGAACAUCAUACCCAAUGUAACCAUAACUCCGUCACUCACACAACAUUUAUUUCAGCAAUAGGCAUUUUAGUUUGACGGUGUGCUUCUGCUCUUGUGAUGCUAUGGAACAGAAUGAUCAGCUUGACAUGGACUGUCCCUGCGCACACAAACCCCAGAGCCUGAGAUACUCAACACAUAUUAAAAACAUUCAAAUGUACAUACAACUAAAUACUAACCAGGAGGUGGAGGGAGUCACAUUUCUUUCUUUUUUUAAAGAUAUUUCUUUGACAUUUCUGCUUUUUAAUUUUGAUAGUGAUAGU